AUGUAUUACUGGUGCAAAUUAAUUGAAGAAAUAAACGUUAGUAAAAAAGGAGCACAGGGGCUGCCUGGCCCGCCUGGACCAAAAUAUGUACCAGCUGAAGAACAGAUCUUGGCGUCAUGUGAUGCCCUCAAAAAAGCCGGUGGUAAUUUUAAUGGUGUUUAUACGAUUGAUCCCGAUGGUCCGAACACUGGAUUGGAUCCAUUUGCGGUAGUAUGUGAUAUGACAUCGGAUUUGACAAUGGGUUAUUCAACAAUUCAUCACGAUAAAGAGGAAGAUGGAAACGUGAACAACGCCGAGGACCACGCCUCAUUCCAAGUUAAUAUCACCUACGACCUCACGUCAGAACAGAUAGUAGCUGUCAAAAACGUAUCAUCUUCAUGUAGACAAUUUAUUAAGUACGCAUGCGUUGGGUCACUGUUUAAUGGCAGAGGUAUUGAAGGCAAAUAUCACUAUUGGAUCUCAUUUGAUGGAAAAAUUAUGCACAACUGGGGAGGAGUUCCAACGGGAACCACAGGAUGCGCGUGUUGGAUGACGAGAACUUGUGACAACCCUACCUACCGUUGUAACUGUGAUGUCAACGAUGGUGUUCCACGUCAGGAUCAUGGUUACCUUACCGAUAAAGCAGCAUUACCUGUUUCACAGCUUCGUUUUGGCGAUACUGGGUCUCAAGCAGAAAAAGGUGUCUAUACACUUGGACCAUUGCAAUGUGCCUAAAGCAAUUGAUAUAAGCUAUCGUCGUCAGCUUUCGGUGAUGCUGAUUGAUUAAGCCUGGUUUCCAUAAACCCAUUGCAUCGAGGACUGCUACGCAGUAUGAUUGCACUGGAAACACUGCAGGACAGCGUAGCGAUUUUAAGGAAACAAGGAUUUAGGGGCGUCGCAAGCGGGGGUUCAGGGGGAAAAGAGCCCCCGUUGUUGGGGACCUCUAAACCCUUGCUUUGGGCCCCCUGUCGGCGAAAUUCCAGCAAGGCCGUCGGGGAAAUACGAAAUCUCGACCGCCGAAAGUACAAUUUAGGUAUACCGGUACUUUACUAAGCUGUAAAAUUUUAGGGAUUAAAAUCUGUUUAGUGCGAGCAGUGUUACGGUAUGUGCGAGGUGUAGUAUAUUAUCGCGAUCAAUUGGGUGCGGUCGUAGCACCAGAUUUUCCUCGACAGGGUACUGGUACCUCCAACAGGUGGUUAGCACCCUCGGCAGGCGGGCAUCUUAGUCGCAUAGUUUUCUAUCAAGCUAUCAUUUUAAAUAAAGAGUACCAUAACUUCAACACAAUUUUCCCUGAGACGGGGUGGGAGUGUGCACACCUUGUCGAGGAGCUUGGACCCAGCGUCAGGGAAUUCCUGGCGCCACCCAUGG